AUGAACCUUAUAUUUGUUGGUCUAUUAGCCAUCAUGUGUGGUUAUACUAUUGCCGCACCACUUAAUAAAACUGUAGAUGAAAAAACAAAACAAAAAGCAUCAGAAAUUGCUAAACAUUUAUUAAAAGAGAUGGCAAAUGAAAAACAAAAUCAAAGACCAUCACCAUCUAAAUAUCCAUUAUAUGACGAGAUAAAUCAUGAGCAAGCAGAUGAAGAUUCGAACGAAGAAGAGCAAAAACAAAAACAAAUUAAUAACAACAAUUCAGAUAAUAAUAAUAAUAAUGACGAGAUGAAAAAUCAGAAGCAGUUUGAUGAGAAUGAAGAACAACAUCAAUAUCGAGUGCCAAUUGAAUUUUUAGUUAAUAAUGAUGGUAAUGAUAAUGAUGAUGAGAGUGAUGAUGAUGAUGAUGAUAAUAGUGAUAACGAGCGAAUGAUGCUUCCUUAUCCACAAUGGGCAAUAGAACAAUUAGCUGAAUAUUAUAGAUAUUAUGAACCAAAAACAUUGGAGGAUAACGAAAAUUAUUUUUAUCCAACUGAAUCACAAGUUAAUGCAAAUGAACUACAACAGUAUGCCAAACAAAUUGCGCAGUAUUUGAAAGGACGAAAUGAAUAUCAAGAAAACGAAGCAAAAACAAGUCAAAAACGAUCUGCUGUUAGCGGUGAAUCGUCAGUCUCCUCAUCAUCAAACAACAUCAUGGAUGACAGUAUAAUGCAAGCAAAUAAUAAUGAUGAUAAACGCAAGAAACGUGCUAAUCCAAUUCGACGAUGA